AUGCUAUUCAUGCAACAUAACUCUUUUCAGUUUUAGAAUCAGGGCAUUCAUUUGGGAAUGUGCUCGAUUCAUCAUCAACCUGCUAAAUUUAUUUAGAGUGCUAACUCAAAAAGCUUUUAUCUUUGCGAUGUUUGUUUGAUGUUGCAUUAGUAAGAGCUAUAAUAAGUACAACCCAAAUUAAGCCAAAAUAAGGUCAUGAAUAUCUCAUGCUAGUACCAAUCUCAAGAUCAAGACAUCAUAGAUUAAUUUAGAAAAUAAAUACAAAUGGAGCUUCUUUCUCCCAAGGAAAGAAAUGAAGAUAUUAUUGAAGUAGUAAAAGAAAGGGCUGGGUUGUUAUAAACUUAGAAUUUGAAGGGAAUAGAUAUUACUGAAUUAUAAAAUUAUGAUCUAAAUUAAUUGAGAAACUAAUUUUUGAUCGAUCAACUUUAAUAAAAUUAAUAACAAUUAAAUUCACAAGCAUAAAUUACGAAAAAAUAAUUUAAUUAAAAAUAACCUUUACUUAAAUCGCCUCAUCCUUAGGAAAUUAAUUAAAUUGCACAGGCAAACACUGCUUUAAACGAUCUCACUAUUAACUCCAUUAAGAAUGAUACUAAAAACUAGUAAUAAGUUCUAUAUGCUCAAAUUAAAGAUAUUAAAGACUAAAGCUUUCUUGCCUAGUAAAACUAAAUUAAGAUUUUUGCAAACACAUAAUAAUCUCUUCUCACCCAAUAAGGCACAAAAGAAAAAAAUUCACUUUAAAAUUAAAUAUUGGGAAAAUAAACUUUACUAGUUUAAGAAAAUUAAUUUUAAAAUCUUAAUGACGUAAUAUAAAAUCAAAACCACAAUUUAUGUGAGAAUAUUUAAAAAAUCCAAAGCACAAGCCUAUUGAAUUAAUUAGAUGUGAAAUAUCUAACUUUUAGUCAAAGCUCUUCAAACUGUGGAUAAUAGCAGAAAAACUUGAAUUUAAAGUCUACGAUUUAAUAAGAUGAUUAGAAAACAGAUCAGAUUAUUCAAAGAUCAAAUAUUUUAUUAAUUAAUUAAAUUAAUUAAAAUCCACAAAUAUCGUUGUAGAACUCCUAAAGCACAAAAAACAUUGAAGAAAAUAAUUUGUACCGUGCAUUAUUUCCUAUAGAACCUAUAGUUGAGUAAGAUAAAGAUAUAAGAAUUAAGCUUGAAGAAGAAAGCAAAAUUUAAAAUAUUAGAUCUAGUCAAAUGCUAUCAGAAAAAAUAUAGCCACCAAAAACCUUAAAAAUCAGAUGCAAUGAGUUUGCUCAAGACAUUACCUUGGACAUUCAAAAAAUUAAUUAAAAUGGGGCUUUAAAAGGCAGCAGCAUGGAAGAAGAGAAUUCCUUUUCAGUCACUCACUCCUUUUCAGUUCUUUCGAAUGGCAAAAGUGAAAAGUCUAUCUCUUCAUCUCCUUUCCCUAUUCAGAAAAAAAUUAGAAAGCAAAAAUCUGAGAGAGAUGUUCAAAAAGAAGUUUUUCUUAAAAAUCACGAUUCCAAAUAGACACCCUCUUCAAUAGCUGUUCUAAGUUAACUAAGCAGCUUGAAUAACAUCGAAGUUAACGCUGAAGAAAAUCCAUUUUCGUGCGGAAAAUCUGUCAGCUCUAAUUUUUUCUAGUAUGGGAACAAUAUGUUAAACGUUAAAAGUACGACUAGACUUGUUUGUAACACAGAAGCUUCGCAUGACUAAGCUGAGACUACUUAGAUAAAUCCCUCAGAAACUCUUUUAAAGCAACUUAGCCAUAACUCACCCUUGAAAUUGACUAACUAAAAUAUUAUUUAGUAAGCAUAACUCAGCCAAAAAUAAAAGCAAACUGAGUAAUAGUUUGAUGAAAAAUUUUAUUUCAUCCAGCAAAAUCAGGUUUUAUACUAGAAUUUCAGUUCAAACCAACUUUACCAAGUUGAAUUAUCAGUCAGGAAAAAUGAAAGCAACAAAUUAAAAUCUAUAAAAAAAGAUAUACCAAGAGGUGUACAUAUCGUACCAGUAAAUGAGCUAAUUUUUGCCAUGGUAUAGGAAACAAAUUUAAAUAAUUUAUUUGCAUUCUAAAUUGACUCUUUUGAGCUAUCUCAGCCUGAAAGACCAUUUAAAACACAAACCAUAAAGACACAAUUUUCCUCUCAGAGCUUUAAAUUGCUUGGCGUUGAAAGCAUACCAACAGCUGGGAAAUUGAUAUUAUAUGCAAAAGACUCUAUAAUUUUUUACGAUUUAUUUACUGAAAAAUAUGAAUACAAAAGCAUCGAUGCUGGCAACGGAGAAUAACAAGAUAUUGUAAAGAUAAAAUAUGUCCUAUAAUAUCCAAGACACUCCGUCGUUGUUAUGACAAAGUAGAAAUACUUUUUCAUCUUUGACAUUAGUAAAAACUACAAAUUAACCAUCCAGAGAAUCGGAAAAGAAGAUAAUUUAAUCAACUAAGAUCAAAUUGUAGACUUUUGGUACUACGAAGAUAAAAGAUUCUGCUGUGAUUCUAAAAAUAUAUAUGAGAUACUCAAAUAAAAAUCUCUUACUAAUCCUUAAUAAAAAAUUUAGUUGCUUACCUUAAAUCUAUCAGUCAAAAAUGCAAAUUUCUUUUCAGGAUCGAGCUUAAAUGGCUUGGUUAUUUCAUUGAACAACUAGCUAAAAUACUUCCGUUUUCAUGACAAGAAUUUAAUAUCAAUUCCAUCAAUAGCAUCUGCUAGCAAAGAUUAAUUUCUUUUUGAAAUAAAUAAUUAAGUCUAUAAAUGCAGUCAUUGA